AAAAAAAUUAUUGUACGUCAUUUUUUUGGUAGGCUAUGGGGCAUAGCGGCUGACUGUGUUUCACUAAAAUUAAAUAAAAUUACCGAGUGACCAAUAGUUAUAGCGUUAUCAAAGUAGUGAUUAGUUAGCAAAGUGUGUUUAUAAAAUGUCUUAUUCUCAUAAGUACACUUGGGCGGCUUUGCCGAGGACCCAGAGAGGUACACCGCUAGUUUUAGGCGGAGAUCCGAAGGGCAGAAACUUCCUGUAUACCAACGGCAAUUCCGUUAUCAUACGAGAUAUUGAGAACCCCGCGAUCUCCGAUACAUACACGGAGCAUUCUUGCCAAGUGAAUGUGGCGAAAUACUCUCCGAGUGGCUUCUACAUCUCUUCAGGAGAUGCUUCCGGCAAGAUUAGGAUUUGGGACACGGUGAACAAGGAACAUAUCCUCAAGAAUGAGUUCCAGCCGAUUGGAGGUCCUAUCAAGGACAUCGCGUGGAGCGCUGACAAUCAGCGUAUGGUGGCCGUUGGUGAAGGAAGGGAAAGAUUCGGUCACGUAUUCAUGUCAGAAACGGGUACAUCGGUAGGCGAGAUCAGCGGCCAGUCGAAGCCGAUCAACUCCGUAGACUUCAAGCCUUCUAGACCUUUCCGCAUUGUCACCGCUUCGGAGGACAACACCAUUGCUGUGUUCGAAGGACCUCCCUUCAAGUUCAAGUGUACUAAGCAGGAGCACACUCGUUUCGCGCAGGCCGUCCGCUACAGCCCUGACGGCAGUCUGUUCGCGUCGGCCGGCUUCGACGGCAAGAUAUUCCUGUUCGAUGGCGCCACCUCCGAGCUUAAGGGAGAGAUCGGGUCUCCGGCCCACAAGGGCGGCGUGUACGGCAUCGCGUGGUCGCCGGACGGCAAGCAACUGCUGUCGUGUUCCGGAGACAAAACCUGCGCCAUCUGGGACAUUGAGACCAUGCAGAGAUCUGUCCUGUUCAAUAUGGGCAAUGCUGUUGAGAACCAACAGGUAUCGUGCCUCUGGCAAGGCAAGCACCUUCUCUCUGUCUCCCUAUCCGGAGUCAUCAACUACUUAGACGUGAACAACCCGGACAAGCCUCUGCAAGUCCUCAUGGGACACAACAAGCCUAUCACUUGCCUAGCGUUGCAUCCAGACAGACACACUGUGUACACUGCCAGCCAUGACGGAUGUGUGACCGCUUGGAACGUUGCUACUGGCGAAGGUCGUCACAUCCUGGGUCAGGGUCACGGGAACCAGGUGAACGGCAUGCGAGCGAGUGCGGGCGGCUCGCUGUUAACUUGCGGCAUUGAUGACACGCUACGGAAGGCCGUCCCUGCUGCUGAAGGUGAAGUACCAACAUACACGGAUGUGUCGAUACCCCUGGGCUCGCAGCCUCGCGCUAUGGACCACAUCAUUGAAGAUGACACCACUAUCGUAGCUACCGUUAAGGAGUUGGCUGUAGUGAUCGGCAACAGCAAGCAGUCUAGUCUGCCGCUGUCGUACGAACCGACCUGCGUGUCAAUCGACCCCAAGUCCAGACACGUGGCUGUUGGUGGAGCGGAUAACAAAGUACACAUUUACACCCUGGACGUCCGCACGCUGUCGCCGGGCGUCACUCUCGACCACUUGGGCGCUGUCACCGAUGUCCGCUACAGCCCCGACUCCAAGUACCUCGUCGCUGCCGACGCCAACAGGAAACUUAUAUUGUACUCCACUGAUGAUUACAAGCUCGCCCACAACAAGGAGUGGGGCUUCCACUCAGCCCGCGUGAACUGCGCGGCGUGGUCGCCGGACUCCUCCCGCCUGGUGUCGGGCUCGCUCGACACCUGCCUCAUCGUGUGGCAUGUCGACGCGCCUGCCAAGCAUAUUAUCAUCAAGAACGCUCACCCGCAGAGUCAGAUCACGGGCGUGGCGUGGCUGGACGAGGAGACCGUCGUCUCCGUCGGCCAGGACGCCAACACCCGCGUCUGGCACGUGCCCAAGGCUUAAGCUUCACUGUCCUAACAUUUGGGGGGUAUAUUCUUUAAUCAAAAACCUUCAUUUUGUAAUGUAAUGUGGAUUGGCGGUCAACAGAAUUAAUGAAAUGUAUUCUAAACUUUGUUGAUUCGCCAGUGUCAAACUUGCUAGCUCUGUAUUUUUUCCGCAAAAUAAUACAAAUGUUGAGGAUAGUUUUUCGUCACUUUUAUUAAAAGGUUUGUAAUCCGUGACUUGAAUAUUGCUUAUGGUUUAAAUAAGUAUUUGAUAAACAUUAAAGAUGUUCAUCUAAUUAUGAUGUAAGUGAUUACAAAUUUUGUAUUAUUAGAUACGUAUUCUAAAUUAUUUUCAAAUACAUAUUUAAUUAUUGGCGUAGUAUACCACUUCUAUUAUUCAGGAAAUAAAAAUAAUUUAUUCAACAAUAAUGUACAUUUCAAAGAAUAUCUCCCCAAACAUAUAAUAAAAUAGUAAUAAAAUAACUCAGAUUAUCUAGCAUAUAUAAGAAGAAUACUAAUGUAUUUAUUUCGCUUACAUUUAAGUUAUGAACCGUCUCAGUUAGUUAACAAUAAAUAUGAUUUUUGUUACUAACAGUGAGUGAAGUUGCUCGCAUUUAGAAUUAUGGACUGGUACAACAUUUUAAUAUUAACAUAUUACUUAAGCAUAAAACAAGGUGCACAGAUUAAUUAAGAAAGAUAUUUUCACCGUAUCAAGUUGAGCUUUUCAGUAUCAUUUUUACUGUAACGCACACUAAUCGGAAUCGCCUCGCCUUGGUCAGUGAGAUAGGUGCAGUUCCAAAUUCAAUGGCGACUCGCAACUAACUUCCGAGCGCAGAUAUGUGCAUGUCUCUCACGCCCCUCGCUCGCGAAGCUACUCGCGCAAUGUUUGCCGACAAAAAGUUUGGCGGGAACAGGGUUAGGUUACGACCCGUAUCUGAAUUGAUAUCUAUACGACCUUUAAAGUUGCUAUUUGGCGCUUUCUGAUAUAGUGUGAAAUCGAAAUACAUCUGGCAAUUUAUUGCAAGAAGUUGACAUAAGUGAAAUGUCGACUAUCAUUGAAGGGUACAUAAUACUUAAUAAGUGUGUCAAAGAGUGCUAAACUAUCUAAGGCAGGUCCUGUAUGACACGUACAUUAUACGAGAAAAAUGGUUUCGAAAGAAAAGAGCGAGUCAAACAUACAUGCAUUUAUUUCUAGUCUUACAUCAACACUCAUAUAAUAAGACAUUCAGACCUGCUCAACAGUUAGUUUUGAAAGUCGAAAAUAUCGAUAUCGAUUAUUCUAGAACUGACGAUCGAUAAUGUAUUUAAUAUUUAAUUCGAUUUCAUAAACUAAUUGUAUCGAUUUUAAUCGAAUUUACUGUCAUCAUCAUCCAUCGUAUUAUUUAGUGUACAAAUAAGAUUUGCAUGACAAUAUUUAUAAAUUGAAUUUAACGCUAAUUUACACUGGUGCAAGUAGCUUAGAUAAUUAAAAAUAAUUGUUUUUUUUUUUCAUGUUUCAGUCCUAUUUCUGUGCGAGCAUUGUGAUUUUGUUUUUAUAUUGUACGUGGUGCGAUCUGAACGGUCCUUUUUAUACCUAUUGCAUACUAACGGUGUGAAAUCGCAUUUAUAAUCCUAGUGAGAUUUGUAUAUUUAAAUUAUUUGGAAAGAUAAGUAAAUAAACUGUAACUUAUUUUAUUUAUUCGUAUGUGUUAGUGAACAGUGAAUGAGUUGAAUUGGAAUGUCUAUGUUUACAUGACUAGUCUAUGAUCAAUGUAAGUCUAUCUUUGUGGAUUCCUAAUAAAAACUUUCAAUUUCUCCAGUGCAGUGCUAAGUUGUAAAUAUUAUUAUUGAAAUAUGUCCAGUAUUAAAAAUUAAGAUUUGUUACUAAAAUUCAUAUUCUCAUUCUAAGUGUAAUAGUGUAAUUCGGUCACUAAUAUUUUAACGUAAUUAUUAUUUAUAUAGAAAUUAGUUUAAAUAAUAGCAAUUACACUGUAAAAAAACCUAUGCCGAUUUUAAAGAAUACAAUGUAGAUAAUUUUAAUGUUACUACAAAACACUAUUGCAAUUCGUGUUAUCUUUCCAAAUAAUAGUCAAAAACAUUUUCUAAACAGUAUUUUUAUACUAAUUUUCUGAUGUAUUUUUUCUUAGAUUUACGCGAUUUCUACUAAAAUGAAGUAUGUAAGAUGAUAAAAAUAAACUUGUAUACACUUGUAAAA